GGGGGUGGGGGUCAAGUGACAGCUCCUUGGCAGCCCUGUCCCAGAGGGGCUCUGGACUUUAAAGGCCCAAGGCAGGCGCUCCCGGGGGAGACGGCACUGCACGGGGGAUCCUGCCGCAGCCGCAACCAUGCCUGAGCCACAGAAAGCUGCUGCCAAGAAAGAAGAAAAAAAGAAAGAAGAAAAGAAGAAAGAAGAGAAAAAAGUAGAAAAGAAAUCGGAGAAGAAAGAAGUCCCCCAGGAUGCAAAAGAGGAGCCUCCAGCUGAUGCUGCCCCUGAAGACAAACCAGCCGAGCCUGAGGGCCUAUUUAUAGAGAAGCCCCAGCAUGUCCUUGUGGAGACUGGGAAAGAUGUGAGCAUUGUCACCAAGGUAGAUGGGUCCCAGAUGCCGGCCAAGCCCACCAUCAAGUGGUUCAAGGGGAAGUGGCUGGAGCUGGGGAUCAAGAGUGGCAUCCGCUUCCAAUUCAAGGACAGCUAUGACAAGGAGGCCAAGGUAUACACGUUCGAGCUGAGGAUUGGCAAGGUGGUGGUUGGGGACCGCGGGGAUUAUCGUUGUGAGAUCACCUCCAAGGACAAGUUCGACAGCUGCUCCUUCAACAUUGAUGUUGAGGCCCCACGGACAGACGAGGGUGGGAACGUGCUCCAGGCUUUCAAACGCAGUGGGGAUGCGAAGAACAAUGUGGCCGGAGAGCUGGACUUCAGUGGUUUGCUAAAGAAGAGGGAGGUACAGGUGGUGGAGGAGAAGAAGAAAAAGAAGAAGGACGACGAGGAUGAAUUUCCUCCUGAGAUCUGGGAGCUGCUCAAGGGGGUGACCAAGAAGAGCGAGUACGAGCGCAUCGCCUUCCAGUAUGGCAUCACUGACCUGCGUGGCAUGCUCAAGCGCCUCAAAAAGGUCAAAGUCGAGGUCAAGAAGAGCGAAGCCUUUACCAAAAAGCUAGACCCUGCCUACCAAGUGGACAAAGGCCACAAGAUCAAGAUGGUGCUGGAAUUGAGCAACCCUGACCUGCCCAUCAAGUGGUUCAAGAAUGGGCAACUCAUCAAGCCCAGCAGCAAGUACGUGCUUGAGAACGUCGGGCUGAAGCGGAUCCUGACCAUCAACAAGUGCACGCUGGCUGAUGAUGCGGCCUAUGAAUGCUUGGUGGGUGAGGAGAAGUGCUGCACCGAGCUCUUCGUCAAGGAACCUCCUGUGCUGAUUGAAAAGGGCCUGGAUGACCAGCAGGUGUUUGUGGGUGACCGCGUAGAGCUGGAGGUAGAGGUGUCCGAAGAGGGAGCCCAAGUCAUGUGGAUGAAGGAUGGGGUGGAACUGACGCGUGACACAGGCUUGAAGUACCGGUUCAAGAAGGAUGGCAAGAAGCACAUCCUUAUCAUCAAUGAGGCCAGCAAGGAGGACACCGCCCGCUACAAGGUCAUGACCAAUGGGGGCGAGUCCAAGGCUGACCUGGUAGUGGAAGACAAAAAGCUGGAGGUGCUGCAGGGCAUCGCAGACCUGACGGUGAAAGCCACUGAACAGGCUGUUUUCAAGUGCGAGGUGUCAGAUGAGAAGGUGACGGGCAAGUGGUACAAGAAUGGUGUGGAAGUCCGGCCCAGCAAGCGAAUCCAGAUUUCCCACUCGGGCAGGUUCCACAAGCUGGUGAUUGAUGAUGUGCGGCCGGAGGACGAGGGCGACUACACCUUCAUCCCUGAUGGCUAUGCCAUCUCGCUAUCUGCCAAGCUCAACUUCCUGGAGAUCAAGGUGGAGUACGUGCCCAAGCAAGAGCCCCCCAGAAUCCACCUGGACACUUCAGGGAAGACGGCCGAAAACACCCUCAUAGUGGUGGCUGGGAACAAGCUGCGGCUGGCUGUGCCCAGCACUGGGGAGCCAGCGCCUACCGUCACUUGGCUGAAGAGUGACCAGGAGUUCACAGAGAAGGAGGGCCGUGCCCACAUUGAGGAGCAGAAGGAGCUGAGCAGCUUUGUGAUCGAGAGUGCAGAGCGGUCAGAUGAGGGCAAGUACACCAUCAAGGUGGUCAACCCUGUGGGUGAGGACUCUGCCACACUCCACAUCAAGGUGGUCGACGUUCCUGACCCCCCUGAGGCCGUCCGCAUCACCUCCGUGGGGGAGGACUGGGCUGUGCUGGUGUGGGAGCCCCCAAAAUAUGAUGGCGGGCAGCCCAUCACAGGGUACCUGAUGGAACGCAAGAAAAAGGGCAGCAUGCGGUGGAUGAAGCUGAAUUUCGAGGUGUACACGGACACCACUUACGAAUCCACCAAGAUGAUUGAGGGCGUGCUGUAUGAGAUGCGUGUCUUUGCUGUCAACGCCAUCGGGGUCUCCCAGCCCAGCCACAACACCAAGCCCUUCAUGCCCAUUGCCCCCACCAGUGAGCCGACCCACCUGACCCUGGAGGACGUGACAGACACCACAGCCACCUUGAAGUGGCGCCCACCAGACCGGAUCGGGGCUGGUGGCAUUGAUGGCUACCUCAUCGAGUACUGCCGGGAAGGCUCGGAUGAAUGGAUCCCGGGCAACACAGAGCUGGUGGAGCGCUGUGGCUUCAUGGUGAAGGGGCUGCCCACAGGUGAGAAGCUCAUGUUCCGUGUCACCAGCGUGAACAUUGCCGGCCACAGCCAGCCAGCCACCAUGGCGCAGCCUGUCACCAUCCGGGAGAUUGUUCAGCAGCCGAAGAUCCGCCUGCCUCGGCAGCUGCGUCAGACCUACAUCAAGAAGGUGGGGGAGCAGGUCAACCUGGUUAUUCCCUUCCAGGGUAAGCCACGGCCCAAGGUAACGUGGAAGAAGGACGGGCAGCCCCUGGACCCCAAGGAGAUCAGUGUGCGCACAUCCGACUUGGACACAAUUCUCUUCAUCCGCUCAGCUGCCCGGCACCACUCGGGCCAGUACGAGCUGUUGGUGCAGAUCGAGAACAUGGAGGACAAGGCCACCAUCAAGAUCCGCAUCGUGGAAAAGCCCGGGCCGCCACAGGCAGUGAUGGUGAAGGAGGUCUGGGGCUUCAAUGCGUUGGUGGAGUGGGAGCCCCCCAAGGACGAUGGUAACUCUGAAAUCAUGGGCUAUGCCAUCCAGAAGGCCGACAAGAAGACCAUGGAGUGGUUUACGGUGUACGAGCACAACCGGCUAACACGCUGCACCGUGUCAGACCUGAUCAUGGGCAACGAGUACUACUUCCGUGUGUACAGCGAGAACAUCUGUGGGCUCAGCGACUCGCCUGGUGUCUCCAAGAACACUGCCUUCAUCCACAAGACAGGGAUCAUGUAUAAACCCAUGGACUACAAGGAACAUGACUUCAGCAUGGCGCCCCAAAUCUUGACACCCCUGGUUGACCGCACCGUGGUGGCUGGGUACAGCACAGCCCUGAACUGCGCAGUGCGGGGGCACCCCAAGCCUAAGGUGAUCUGGAUGAAAAACAAGAUGGAGAUCCGUGAGGACCCCAAGUUCCUGAUGAAGAACAACCAGGGUGUCCUGACACUGCACAUCCGCAAGCCCAGCCCCUUUGAUGGGGGCACCUACAGCUGCCGGGCUGUCAACAACCUGGGUGAAGCCCUCACUGAAUGCAAGCUUGAAAUCCGAGGUGCCUGCUAGGCUGGGGAGCGGGCA